AUGUCUCGAUCUCGCCAUGCAAGGCCUUCCAAAUUAGUCAGGAGGGAAGAUCUAAACAAAAAGAAAAACAGCCAACUGAAGAAGGGAUCUAAGCCUGCCAACAAAAAUGUGGCAUCAGUCAAGACUGUGAACCCUGGAAAAUUAAAACAAUUAAUUCAAGAAAGAGAUGUUAAGAAAAAAACAGAACUCAAACCGCCUUUGCCAGUCAGAAGCCUUCUGACCAGAGCUGGAGCAGCACGAAUGAAUUUGGAUAGGACUGAGGUUCUUUUUCAGAACCCAGAGUCCUUAACGUGCAAUGGGUUUACAAUGGCUCUCCGAAGUACCUCUCUUAGCAGGCGGCUCUCUCAACCCCCGGUGGUCAUAGCCAAACCCAAGAAAGUUCCACCUCCUAAAAAUUUAGGAAAGCAACAUGAGUGUGAUUAUAAGGUCCUUACUGACAUGGGAGUAAAGCACUCAGAAAACGACUCAAAGCAAGUCCCAAAGCAAGACCCCCCAAUCCCUCCUGAUGCUGAGAAUCUAAUUGGCAAACAAAACACAUCCUUAAUUAAAGAUGAGGGCCAAGAGACAACCCAGUCUUGGCCCCAAAGUGUCGAGGAAUCCGAAGUAAAUCAUUCUACUCAUAGUGGCCCUGUAGCAGAGAUCCUUUCUGAGUCAUUGGAAGGGACAUGUGGUGGUGAAGGACUAUUCUCCAAGGAGACAUUGAAUGAUAAUAGUGAUUCUCCUGGAACGUUUGCUCAGGACACUCUCUGUGUUCCUUUGCUCCAAAGAGCAGCCCUCAAGGUUACCUCCGAAGGAAGCCCCAGCAUUCAGUUAGAAGAUUUGGGUUCAAGAGUAGAAUCUCUUAAGCUAUCUGAUUCUUACCUGGAUCCUAUCAAAAGUGAACAUGAUUGCUGCCCCACCUCCAGCUUUAAUAAGGUUGUACCUGAAUUGGACCUUAGAAACUGUUUGUCUAUUGGUGGGUCAAUAUAUCCUACCUCAUUAAUAAAACUCCUCUUGGCAGGUUCAGAACAAGAAACCCUUUGUGCUAAACCAGAUUAUCAAGAGGUGCUCAAAGCUACCCCAGAUCAACAGGAAAUUCCUGAUACCACCCCUGUCCUAGGACAGGUCUUUAGUGCUAUCCCACAUCCCUGGGAAGUUCCUGGUGCUAACCCGGUUCAUGGAGAGCCUCUGGGUGAGACCCCAAACCCACCAGAGAUUCCUGGUGCUAUUCCAGUCCAAGGAGAAGUCUUUGGUGCUAUCUUAAAUCAACAAGUCCUUGGUAUGGGUGGUGGUACUGCCUCAGACCCACCUAUCUUUCUUCCUGCUCCUCCAAAUCAAAUUGCUACCUAUUAUCCUCUCCCAGAAUGGCCUGAACCCCUGAGCACUGUUUCCUCUGGGCUCCAGGUCCAGGGUGCUAUGCAGAUUUUGCCUUUGGGCUCAGAUCACACUCCUCAACCAUCGUCAAACUCAGAGAUAAGUUCGGUACCUCCAGUAAUGGCUAUAAACAGUAUAGAAAAUGAGAAGCAGGUUCAUAUAAGCUUUCUGCCAGCUAAUACUCAGGGGUUCACAUUAGCCCCUGAGUCAGGACACUAUCAUGCUCCACAAGGCAUUGCCCAGCUCUCCCAGGUGAGUCCCAGCAGAUUGGAAGGAGGGAGCUCCCAGAUCAGCACCACCAGCACACUUGACGCCAACACCACAGUAGUGUCGAGGCCAGUGUCAUUUGCAAGUACCUCCUCAUCUCCUUCCUACACAACUUUGCUACCUACUUUGGAAAAGAAGAAACGAAAGCGAUGCGGGGUCUGUGAACCCUGCCAGCAGAAGACCAAUUGUGGUGAAUGUACUUACUGCAAGAACAGAAAGAACAGCCAUCAGAUCUGUAAGAAGAGGAAAUGUGAGGAACUAAAAAAGAAGCCGUCCAUCAUUGUGCCUUUGGAGGCAGAUUUUGACAACAAACCAGUAAAUGGCCCCAAGUCAGAAUCCAUGGAAUACAGUAGUUGUGGUCAUGAGGAAGAACAAAGAUUGGAACUGAGUGUAUUUCCUUUUGAACAUGUAACUAAAAAUGAAGAAAGUAUGACAGGUAUUGAAGUGGAAAAGUGGACACAAAACAAGAAAUCAAACUUAAGUGAUCAUGUCAAAGGAGAAUUUAAUGCAAUAAUUACAGAAGCUGAAAAUCGGAAAAACUCUGAAGAUGACAGGAAAAAAGUCCUACUUACUGACCUCCUUGAACCUCAAAAAUUGUUUGCACAAACUGUAAGAAACGGCAUUAAAAAUGUACACUAUUUACCAACUGAAACGAAUUUGUCUUUUAAAAAAAUCAAUAUUGAAGAACUUGGCAAGGCAUUUGAAAACAAUCCUUACAAAUUCCUGAAAGACACAGCAAGCCAUAACAAUGCCAUGAGCUCCAUUGCUACUAGUGCGAGCUGUGAUCAUCUCAAGGGGAGAAAUAAUAUUUUGGUCUUUCAGAAGCCUGGCUUUAAUUGCAAGUCUUUUCCAGAUCCUGCAAACUGCAACUUAAAUAGUCGUACUAGUGUACACAAUGAAAGUGAUCAACCAAAAUCCCUAGAAAAUAUAACAAAUAGAGAACCAAAAGAAGGAGCAACACUUCAACCAAGUCUUCUUUCCCUAAUGAAAGAUAGGAGAUUAACGUUAGAACAAGUAGUGGCCAUAGAAGCUCUAACACAACUUUCGGAAGCCCCAUCAGAAAAUUCUUCACCAUCAAAGUCAGAGAAGGAUGAAGAAACAGAACAGAGAACAGCUAGUUUGCUUAAUAGUUGUAAAGCUAUCCUUUAUUCUGUAAGAAAAGACCUCCAAGACCCAAACCUACAAGGGGAGCCACAAAGCCUUCAUCACUGUCCAUCUUUGGAAAAGCAAAAUUCCUGCAACACCAUAGUGUUUAAUGGCCAAAAUAACAUUUCUAAGUCACAUAGCAGCUCACCUAGUGACCAAGCAUCCACAAAGGCACAGGAAUAUUCAACAGUCACAAAUUCAAUAUCUCUUUUUAUACCAAAUUCAAAUUCAUCUAAAACUGAUACCAAUAAAAAUGUUGCUCAAGGUAAAGUUACUCUUAACAGCUCUAAGAAUUUGCAUCAGUUGACAGUAACUAAUAAAUUGGAGAAUUGUAACCAGUCACUGGACAGCAGCAACAAAUUGGACUCAAAGGAUAAUCCAUCAUGUCAAGAUACAGUUCAUAGUAAAAUAGAAGAAGAUGUUGCAACUCAGUUAACACAACUUGCAUCAAUAAUUAAAUUCAAUUAUACAAAAGCAGAGGACAAAAAAGUUGAAAGUACACCAAACCUGACUGCAUAUAAUGUACAGCAGAACUAUUGCCAGACCACAAUACAACAGAAACCACCCUCCAGUGUACAAAAUAAUCAUGGUUCAUCAGUAACAAAGCAGAAGAACCCAACCCAAAAAAAGACAAAAUCUACCCCGUCAAGAGAUCGUCGGAAAAAGAAGCCUGCAGUCAUAAGUUGUCAAGAAAAUGACCAGAAAAAACAGGAACAGUUGUCAUAUGAGUAUAGUAAGUUACAUGAUAUUUGGAUAGCAUCUAAAUUUCAAAGAUUUGGUCAAUUUGGUCCACAUAAUUUUCCUAUUCUAUUGGGCAAAAUUCCUCCCCUAACCAAAGUAUGGAAACCACUGACUCAAAAGCGUUCAGCAUUAGAACACAAAACAUUAUUUCCUCCACUCAAUCAGAUAAAAGUUGACCGAUAUUAUCCUGAAUUAGCACAGGACAAAAUGAAGGUUGAACCCUUGGAUUCUUUUCCCAUAAUCCAGUUAAAAACAGAAUCCAGUGGGCAGGCAUUUACAGAAAAUGCAUAUCCUCAGGUACCACCAACAGUGAAUGUCAAUCAGAAAGUUCAUCCUUUACUCCAGCCCUCCUCUCCAACUAACCAGUGUGCUAAUGUAAUGGCUGGCAAUGACCAAACACAGUUCCAACAGGAUGUUAAAGACCAACACAUGCAUCAGAGACUGCCGACAUUGCCUGGUAUCUCUCACGAGACCCCCUUACCGGACCCAGCACAAAUUCUCAGGAACCUCAAUGUAGUAUGUUCGGGUGGAAUUACAGUGGUUUCUACCAAAAGUGAAGAGGACGUCUGUUUAUCUAGCAUUGGAGCAUCCGAAUUUUCCCCAAUAGACAAUGCACAGAAAAGUUUUAAUGAUUAUGCCAUGAACUUCUUUACUAAUCCUACGAAAACCCUGGUGUCCACAACGAAAGAUUCUGAAUUGCCAACCUGCAACUGUCUCGAUCGAGUUAUACAAAAAGACAAAGGCCCAUAUUAUACACACCUUGGGGCAGGACCAAGUGUUGCUGCUGUCAGGGAAAUCAUGGAGAAUAGGUAUGGUCAAAAAGGAAACGCAAUAAGGAUAGAAAUAGUAGUGUACACGGGGAAAGAAGGAAAAAGCUCUAAUGGGUGUCCAGUUGCUAAGUGGGUUUUAAGAAGAAGCAGCGAUGAAGAGAAAGUUCUUUGUCUUGUUCGACAGCGUGCAGGCCACCACUGCCCCACAGCUGUGAUGGUGGUGCUCAUCAUGGUAUGGGAUGGCAUCCCUCUCCCACUGGCUGACAGACUGUACUCUGAGCUUACGGAAAGUCUAAAGUCCUACAAUGGUCAUCCCACAGAUCGAAGAUGCACUCUCAAUGAAAAUCGAACCUGUACAUGUCAAGGACUUGAUCCAGAGACUUGUGGAGCUUCCUUCUCUUUUGGCUGCUCAUGGAGUAUGUAUUUCAAUGGCUGCAAAUUUGGUAGAAGCCCAAGUCCUAGAAGAUUUAGAAUUGAUCCAAGUUCUCCCUUACACCACUACUAUGAAAGAAUUACUAAAGGACGUAAUCCAGAAAGAAGAUAUAUGAAACCGGAACCAAUCUGUCCGGAACACAAGGCCAUGGAAAAAAACAUUGAAGAUAAUUUACAGACUUUGGCUACAGAAUUAGCUCCAAUUUAUAAACAGUAUGCUCCGGUUGCUUACGAAAACCAGGUGGCGUUUGAACAUGUUGCCAGAGAAUGUCGGCUUGGCAAGAAAGAAGGUCGUCCUUUCUCUGGGGUCACUGCUUGCCUCGAUUUCUGUGCCCACCCCCACAGGGACAUUCACAACAUGAAUAAUGGCAGCACAGUGGUCUGCACUUUAACAAGAGAAGAUAACCGCUCAUUUGGUGUUAUUCCUCAAGAUGAGCAGCUGCAUGUGCUUCCUCUUUAUAAACUUUCAGACACAGAUGAGUUUGGCUCAAGGGAAGGAAUAGAAGCCAAGAUCAAAUCCGGGGCCAUCAAGGUCCUCACACCCUGCAGCAGAAGAAGAACACGAUUCACUCAGCCAAUUCCUCGUUCUGGCAAGAAGAGAGCAGCAAUGAUGACAGAGGUCCUCGCACAUAAGAUAAGGGCUGUGGAGAAGAAAUUUAUUCCUCGAAUCAAGCGGAAGAAUAACUCAAUGAUGAACAACAGUAAGGCUUCAUCGCUGCCACUGUUAGGGAAUAAAAUAGAGACCAUGCAACCCGAAAUAAAAAGUGAAACGGAACCCCAUCUUAUCUUCAAAGGUUCAGAAAACACUAAAACCUACUCACCGACCCCAUCCAUUCCUCACCCAGUGAAAGAGGCAAACUUAGCUCCAGGCUUCUCCUGGUCCCCUAAAAGUGCUUCGGUCACAACACCUCCUUUUAAGAAUGAUGCAACAGUUUCGUACGGGUUUUCAGAAAGAAGUAGCAAUCCCCACUGCACGACGCCUUCUGCGGGACAUGGUGGUGCUAAUGCAGCUGCGGGGGAAGGCACUGGAAUUGCACAGCCUGGUGAAAGGUUUCCUCUUCCGACCUUGUCUACCCCCGGGACAGAUUCCCUGGGUUAUCCUGAGCCUCCCACCGGUCCAUGUGAGCACCUCCCUUCUCAUCAGCCAAACCAGCAGUCCCCAUUCGUCACCUUUCCACAUGACCCUGCUUCCUCUCUGGUGGAAGAAGACGAGCAGCAUUCGGAAGCAGAUGAGCCUCUGUCAGACGACCCCCUGUCAGAUGAUCCCCUGUCACCUGUUGAAGAGAAGUUGCCCCGCAUUGAAGAAUAUUGGUCAGACAGUGAGCACAUCUUCCUGGAUGCCAAUAUCGGGGGCGUGGCCAUAGCGCCCGCCCACGGCUCCGUUUUGAUCGAGUGCGCCCGGCGAGAGCUUCACGCUACCACGCCUGUCGAGCAUCCCAACCGGAAUCACCCUACCCGCCUGUCUCUUGUUUUCUACCAGCACAAAAACCUGAAUAAGCCCCAACACGGUUUCGAACUAAACAAGAUUAAGUUUGAGGCGAAAGAAGCUAAGAAUAAGAAAAUUAAAGCCUCAGAGCAGAAAGACCAGGCAGCUAAUGAGGGUCCUGAACUGUCCCCUGAAAUUAAUGAAUUUAGCCAGAUUCCUUCUCAUAAAGCAUUAACAUUAACCCAUGACAAUGUUGUCACCGUGUCCCCUUACGCUCUCACACAUGUUGCGGGGCCCUAUAAUCAUUGGGUCUGAAGGCUUUUCUCCCCUUAAUGCCUUUGCGAGUGCAGUGU